GUUCAUCAAUUAGCGUCCAUUGUCAUCUCUUCUUUAAGGGGCCAUCACUAUCUCUGCGAGCACUACAUCAUGUCAUCCAAAACCAAACGUCAUUCAACAUCCUCCACGUAUGGAAAGAAAUCACAACCGAUAGAUCUCGUCGAAGAUCAGUCGUCGAUGAGCUCCGAUGAUGGAUCUGAUUCUGCUCAACCGGUACGGCCCUCGAAAAAAAAGGGUGGCCGAAAAUCCAACGAUAGCGACGAACCUGAUGUUAAUCGGAUUCUCAAAUCGGAGGGGUCGGAAGAAGAGGACGAGGAGGAGGAAGAAGAGGAAAACUACGAAGUCUCCAAAAUCAAGGCUCACCGCGUUAAACGGGGCCAAACUGAGUACCAAGUUGGAUGGAAAAACUACGAAUCCGAUGACGAUAGUUGGGAACCUGAAAGUAACCUGGCUGGUGCGAAAGAGCUAUUGAGAAAGUAUAAACUCGAACAUGACAUAGGAUCGAAACCCAAGAGUGCACGAAACUCUACAAUAUCUAGCAAAUCUACUAACAAGAAACCCCGCGAUGCCGACGAAGAUAAGCAACCUGAUUCGACUGCAAAGAAAAGCUCCACAUUGAAACGUAAAAGGGAUGAAGAAACGACUAAAGGUAGUAUCGCCCCCUUGCGUAAGAAUGGAUUCGCGAGUAAGAAAAAAGACGUCCCGACCGGGCCGCCCUCCGAACAAAGUGGUUCACCCCAGGCUGAGGCGGAUUGUGAGCCAGACGAACCUUGGGAAGAUCAUGUUAAGCAUGUUAUCACUAUAGAAAGACAUGGAAGCGAAUACGGCCAGAACUCGCAAAAGACAGGCGCAACCCGUUCCGGUGAAAUCCGCGUACUACUGCAGCUUAAAUCUAAUAAAACAGCCUGGGUAUCCAACUCCGCUGCUAGAGAGAAGGUUCCUAUGGUCAUGCUAGACUUUUAUGAAAAGCAUCUGCAAUUUGCUAAGCCUGAAUGAAUCACGUGAAGGAAGAGGUUACAACAUAGACUUGAUGCGAUUAUAAGUUCUGCUAGGAUGUUUUGUAUAUUGAGUCUACUUUGGCAACAGAUUUGGACUCCUUACGUACCUUCUUUCUUUCUUUUGGCUUUAGUUUUCCUACUCAUUGCUUUUGCGGAUGCGUUAUUCCCGAUCAUAGUAUACUCUUGCACUGGCGAAAUACUGUGAUGUGAAAAAUUGUUUCUGCCUCUGCCAUUGCUUGUUGAGGCAGGCCCAUUUGUGGCUUCCUCCUUCUUGACUUGCCUUUGGAGCUGUCUUCUGACCAUGUCUUGUACUCUUGAUUUAUAUACAAGCUGUCCUGUCAACAAAUAACAAUGUAACCUUCAUGAUCAGAGAC